AAAGGAAGUACAGGAAGUAGAGUGAAAGAAACAUCAGCAAUUGACUUGGGACCGGAGAAUGGAAAGCCAUAUCUGAUGUAUCUAUCAUCUUCAGAAGAGGUGAAUAAUCAUGAACCGGUCCUAGUAAAAGUGGACAUGGCUGCCUUUACUGAUGCCUAUGACGAAGUUAAACGUCUUUCUAACAUUAAUAAUGAUAAGAAACUUGCUAAAAAUGAAGUAGCUUCUUUGUUCACAUAUUUUAACAAUUCUGUAAAAUUGCCUUGCGUUGAAAAAGCUCUUAACAAAAGCGAAGAUGAUGAUAUUAAGCUCACAUACUUAAGAAUCUAUCUUGGAGAUAUUCUCACAUAUCAAUUUAGUCAGAUGAAUGAUAGAUCAACUUCAGAAUUGACGAAAGUUAUAGAGAAAAUUUCAGAUCGAAAUUCAGCACUAUUUACAGAAUUUUUGCAAGUUGUAAAUAGAAAUUCAGCACUUAUAGAUCGAAAUCCAGAACUAUUUUCAGAAUUAUCGCAAGUCGUAAAGAAAAAUUCAGCAUCUAUAGAUAAAAACUCAGAACUCAUAGAUAAAAAUUUAGAAGUUCUAGAUAGAAACUUAGAAAUUAUGGAACAAUCCUUGUUGGUAUUGAUUCGUCUUGAUAGAAACAGUAGACCUAUUGGCCGGAAUAAUGAAACAGCCACCGUAACUCGUGCUAAAGCAUAUCAAAGCACCUCGUUUGUAAAAGUUGAUGAAGAUUACUUCCUUAACAUGAAUAAUUCUUACCUUGAAGAUGAUAUUCAGGAUUGGUUCAACAAACUAAUGACAAACCUUCCAAAAUUCGCAAAGAAACUUGUUGUAAAAGAUACACACACUAAUGCAUAUCUAGAUGGACUUAAACCGGAUCUCAGCGUCUUUAUGGAGGAGGAUGUUGAAAACGACGUUUAUUUAACCAUGUCAGUUCUAACACUUCUGGAGGUGAAAAGAAGAAAGGGCACUUCCGUUCUACUUAAUGAAGAUAAGGGCCAAGUUUUAAACUAUAUUCGUGUGCUUAUAGAUCAACAGCCAUUGCGUGAGCAUUUUGUAGUAUUUUUGUCAGACGGAUUUUAUUUUUAUGUGAUGGCUUAUGAUAGGAAAGUUAAUCAGUAUUUUGAGUUUACGACCAAUUUUAAAACUGGAUUGCAACUUUUUUGGGUGUUGCUUAAUUUUAGUUCACCUUUAACAAAUGUGCAAGGACCUAGAAGUGUUAUGUUCUUGUAUGAGAUUGACUGGAAUAAUACUCCAUCUGUCAUAAAAGUCUUUAAAUCUGGCUAUAGUUCAGAGACUGAAGUGUCUGCAUUAAAAUUUUUAAAUGAGAAUUAUUUUGAAAACGUUCCACAAUAUGUUGCACAUGAUGACAGUUCGCCCGAUGUGCGCCCUGAAAACAUCUUAUUAAAUUCUAAUUAUGAUACACUUAUACUCGCUGACUGGGGAUCAUCGAUCAGGCAUACACAUGGUGGUAUGGUGAAUUACGAAGGAACGAUUACAUUUGCUUCACCAAAUGUUCUAAAAAACAACUUUAAUCGUUACGUACCUAAGGCAUCUGAUGAUUUGCAUUCAUUCGUACGUACAGUUUAUAUUUUACGAAAUCCAUCAAAAUUUCCAACAACUUCCGAUGAGAAUUUUGAACUAAAAGCAAAGGUGAUUAGAGAAUUCUGGAAUGAUAUGUUAGAUGCAAAACUGAAAGGACCAUUUUGGACAGAGAAUGAAGAUUAUGAAGCACUGAGAAAAUGUUGCUAUGUUUUUAAAAAAUAA